AUGAACUCAGCUAACGCAUUCUGUUAUGUGCCUAAGAACUCAGAAGACAAAAAGAUUUAUAAAAAUUAGGUCAAUCAGAAGAUUACAUCUAAUAUCAUUGAGAUUAACUUCUCAAAUCUGAAGAAACUUUAAAAAAACUAUGUUUAAUAGACUCCAAAUUUUUGCAUCAGUUGCCAGGCAUCUCUAAAUCACUUGUCUAUAGUCAAAUAAAGAGAUGGAUAAACAGUUUGGUAGUGCGAAUUUUGCGACUAUGUAAAUCCUCUCAAUGUUCCAUAUAACAAUAAUUUGAUUCCAAAAGAGAAAGAUGUCUUCUUCAUGCUUGAAAAAAGCAAUCAAAAAAACAAAGUUUAAUAAUAAGAAGAAGAAUAAAAAUAAUCAAAGUAAUAAGAAUACUCUAUGAACAUAGAAAACGAUCAAGAUGCAGAUUUAAAUGACCAAAGAACAAUUAUUUUUUGCUUAGAUAAUUCAGGAUCAAUGAGUAGUGGCACUGUCUUCAAAGAUUAAGAUGGUGAAAGUAGAUACAUGUCUCGUAAAGCAUGCGUUGAAAAAGCUAUCCAUUCUUAAAUUCUUGAAAUGUAGAAAAAAUAUCCUAACAGAAAAGUAGGAAUAGUUCUGUUUUCUAAAGAUGUCACUAUUUUAGGUGAUUGUCAAUCAGCUCCUGUUUCUAUUUCUAAAGAAGGAUAAUUUGACAAGUUAUUUGAAUUAGGCUAGAAUCACUAUGAAAAUUUAUUUAAAAACAAUGUUAGUUAGGUUAAUAACAUGCCUCAGAAAUACAAGGAAAUUAGGACUAAUGGCUCAACUGCUCUAGGACCUGGUUUAGCUGUUAGUUUAGGAUUGGCCUCUUAGAGUCCUUAAAGUGGAUCAAGCAUUAUUUUAUGCACUGAUGGACUUGCUAAUGAAGGAAUUGGCUAAUUAGAAGAUAAAAAAGAUUAUGAAACUUAUGAAAAAAUGGGUUAAUUGGCUAAAUCAUUAGGAAUUUUAAUUCAUACAAUUACUAUGAGAGGUAAUGAAAGUGAUGUUAGAGUACUUGGUAAGCUAUCUGAUACUACUGGAGGUAGAACUUCUAGAGUAGGACCUGCUGAUUUUAAUUCUAAUUUUGUUGAAUUGGUUUCAAGCGAUCUUGUUGCUACUAAAGUAGAAAUUGUUGUACAACUUCAUGAAGGAUUAGUCAUGAUAGAAGGAAGUCCACAUACUGAUUUAGGAAAUGCUACAGAGAACUCAAGCAUUACUUAUUAAUAUGCUGUAAAAGAUAAUUAUGAUUUCAAAGGUAGAAAUUCUAUUCCUAUUCAAAGCAAAAUCUUCUUCUCAACCUUGCAAGGUGAUAAAAUGGUCAGAAUUAUCACUCAAGAGCAGAAAAUAACAUAUGAAUAUUAGCAAGCAGUCUAAGAAGUUUAAAUAAAUAUUUUAUCUAAACACGCUAAUAAAGUAAAUGCCUAGCAAGCUUUGUUUGGUUCUGCUCCAUAAGCUCAAUAAUAAUAAGCUCUUUGGGGUAACUUUAUAAAAAAUCAAGUUUAACCAGAUAACUUCUCAUAAUAAGCUCAGUAUAAUGUUCACUGCUAAUAACAAUAAAAGCUAGAUAAAGCCAUUAACAAAAAAAUAGCUCAUAUUGAAAAAAAUGAUGAUAACAAAUAAGAGCUUGAUGAUGUUGACUAAGAAUGCUUUGACAUGUUCUGA